AUGGACGACGAAGCAACAUGCAGCGACGCGAGGAUCAGCGAACUUUUCUCUGAGCUGAGCGACAGCUGCCAGAACUAUCUCUUCGAGGCCACGGCGCAAUACGAGUUCGAAGAAGAGUCAAUUAUCAUAUGCGAGAGUUGUGGACGAUCCUUGUACUCAAUACUGGAGUGCCUGGAUUCGGGACCUACCGAGCUGGAGCUAUUUGACGUACUUUGCACUGAGAACGAGAGCGGCGACACGUGUUACAGUCUACUGAGCGGAGAGGGUGUGGAAGAAGACGAGAUUUUUGCCGAAUGCGGAGACAUGGCGUGCUCGGACGAGUGUCGCCGUAAACUCCAGGAAAGUUUCGAUGAGUACGGCUGCUGCUUGUACAGUUAG